AUGGAGAGUAGCUCUGAGACACUGCCAGCCUUUCCACCCUCUUCACCCUGUCUCACCGCUCCCGGUGGGGCCCUGCCAUUCUCCUCCUCUCUUGAGCAGACCUCCUCAAAUGUCCAUGUUUCACUCCCACUUUCGCCUCCCUCUUUCCCGCCGUCCCCUGUCUUGCUCUCCCCCACCGCCUCCGAAUCAUUUCACUCUUUAUCUUUCUCGCAAAGCUUGUCCACUCAGUGCCUCGAAGAGCAAAACGUUUACUGCCUCAGCUCGGCAAACGUGUCCGACCAGGAUGAUUUGACCUGCCUCAGCUGGCUGCAUCAGAGGGGCAACUUGCUACCGCUGCAGCCCUUGUCAAAAAUGACACAACUGCUCCAGCUCGAGGCACAGCCCUCUGUGCAUAUCAAGCAACCUCCUUCCUCCUCAUCCAAGCCCCCAUAUUCCUUCAGUAGUCUUAUCUUCAUGGCCAUAGAGUAUUCACCAGAGAAGAGGCUUCCAGUGAAAGGUAUCUAUGAAUGGAUUGUUAACAGCUUCCCCUACUACAGGACAGCUUCUGGAGGUUGGAGGAACUCUGUCCGGCACAAUCUUUCUCUAAGUAAGAGCUUCCGUCGCAUUCACAGGGACAAGAGCCAGGUGGUUGGGAAGGGGUCACUGUGGUGUGUGUGCCCGGAGUACCGGCCAGCACUCCUUGAAGUGCUUAGGAAGACCCAUUAUUACCACAGCACAAACAGCAACCUGUUGAAUAAAUCUGCACUUUUGGAGGAAGCAGACUAUGGAGAGUCUCUAUGUGACUCUGUGGAAAUCACAGAUUCUCUUCCUCAAAACCUCCUCCUAUCCACGCCCUCACCCGAAGCCCUAAUGUCGGAUAAUCUGACGCUGUCUGAAAACCCACCCUGUCCUCUGACGCCUGAUCAUGAGGAGCUUGUUACCAUGGAGCCCAUUGAAUACCAAGAAGAGGUUGCUGAGGAGAUGGAGAAAGACCCUUUGUCAGAUAGCGGGUACAUAGAGUUACACUAUUACCAGUGUCAUCAAUACCAGUAUCUGGUCUUGCCAGGUGAUACAGAUCUGGAUCUUGAGACGGUAGAGAUCCUACAGCUUGAUGCUGAGGCCCAGGAGGCUGCUGGGUCUCUGCUUGACCUUGCAGGAGGUGGUGGACAUUAA